AUGAGUAAAGUUUUCAGGUUCUAUCAGGAAUCUUUGAGGAAGCAUCCAAAGAAGACCAAUGCAGUCAUGACAGGAAGUCUCUUUGGUGCUGGCGAUAUCAUUGCACAGAUUUUCUUCCCCAGCAAGGAGGGUGACGGAAAAUACGACUACAUGAGAACAACUAGAUCUGUAGUCUAUGGUUCGAUGGUAUUUUCAUUUAUUGGCGAUAAAUGGUUUAGGUUUGUUAAUAAUAAACUUGUCCUUCCCAGAACGGCACCUUCACACUGGACCAAUACCAUAUAUCGGGUUACUGUCGAUCAACUAUUAUUUGCGCCGGCUUUGAUACCACUUUAUUUUGGAUCACUCACGCUUAUGGAAGGUAAGUCACUCAGUGUUGCCAAGCAUAAGAUAGACGAAAGAUGGUGGGAAACUCUGAGAAACAGUUGGUUCGUUUGGCCGCCUUUCCAAUUGUUGAAUUUCUCAUUAGUUCCAGUUCAGCAUAGAUUAUUGGCAGCAAAUUGUCUGGCCAUCUUCUGGAACACCUAUUUGUCAUAUAAGAACUCCGUAGCAUUAUCGGAGGAUGACAAGGUGAAAGUUAAUUAUCCACCCAUAGUUGAAUAG